AUGGAGAAUCAGUCUGUUGAGGAUGUUCUUGGUCCGCUGCCGGUCGGUAUGGACUUGUCGGAGAACAGAGCUCACAAGGACAAUGCGGUUGUUAUUACUUUGUGUGUCGUGACUGUGGUUAUGGUGAUAUUGCGCUUUGUUGUGAGGACACGAGGGCAAAAACCUAGACCUGAGCUCGAUGACUGGCUGAUUGCAGCUGCUGUUAUCCCGCUAAUGGCGCUUCUUGCUGCGUCAAUACUAGCUGGGCAUUGGGGUAUGGGGAAGCACAUCUGGGCAACAACAUUGCAAAAGGUUGUGGAGAUGAAGAGGAUUCUAUUUGCCUGGAUAUUCGUCUACAUCUUCGAACUCUUCGUCAUCAAAGUCUCAAUCCUAAUGUUCUACCGCCGCAUCUUCGGAAUGAACUCGAUGAUCUGGACUUGCCUUGCCCUUUCAACAGCCUGGGUUACUGGCAGCAUGAUAGCCCUUCUAGCAUGCCCCGAUCCAAUCCCAUACUUCUGGAAUCAAACAGUCGAUCCCUUGGGCGGACGUUUCCGAUAUAAUUUUUACAACUACUACAUCGGGAAUGCCGCGGGAAAUGUCGUGAGCGAUGUAUUCAUCCUGCUCGUGCCAUUCCCUAUUGUGUGGAGACUGAAGAUGCGGGUGACGCAGAAGCUCAUGGUCUCUGGUGUUCUUCUUCUGGGCGUAUUUGUCUGUGCUGCGAGUAUUAUCCGCCUACAUUAUGUCCAUUACCUGAAUUCACCGGAUCUGACGUGGGUUAUGAGUGAUGUGUAUGUUUGGUCUGCUGUUGAACCAUGCCUCGGGAUCAUCUGUGGUAGCCUCCCGGCUAUGCAGCCACUUGUUCGGUCUGUCAUGAAAAUGGAAACUCUAUUCCAAAUACGCCCGCAGUUUCGUCGCGGUAAGCCCUCGUCAGCUGCGCACGUGGGUGAUACGGGCAGACUUCAACAGUGCAGCAGCAAUAAUGGUAGCAUGGCUAGCAAGUUGACACCUGUUAAUAGCUUUGAGGCAAAGCCUGAGAUAGGCUUGCAGCAGUAUGAUGAUGAAACGAGAUUAACGACUGUUGUCACUCAUAUCGAGUCGCAGCGGUCCAACGGGUUGAAUAGAAAUUUGGAGGAGCUGCUGGGACCGCCUGGUUUUAUUCGUGUUCGGCAUGAGGUCGAAUUGAGCGUGGCUUAG